AGGUCUCACGUGCAAGGCUUCUCUGCGCUACGUGACCUCCUACCUGCUUGCAGCCCGCGGGGGCAAUUCCUCCCCCAGCUUCAAGGACAUGGAAAAGAUCCUGGACGGUGUGUGCAUCCAGACAGAUGACGACCGGCUCAACAAGGUCAGCAGUGAGCUGAUCGGAAAGAACACUGAGGACGUCAUGGUCUAG